GUCGAAGAUUCGGAAAAGCAAACAAAACCUGUAUAAAUCACCAACGGCUUUGCGUUGCUUUGGAGCCGGACGGUGGGAUUCAGAAAGGGGGUUCUCCAAUCGAACCAAGACCCCUCGCCACCUCCGGCAAGACGAUACGAUGGCGCACUCGCCAAACGACAACACUCCCUUCUACGAGUAUCUCGUGGAUGACCCGGAACAGAUGAUAGCUUCGACGCCGUUGUCCCCGCACUUCUCUCCCGAAGUUUUCGGAGGGGCUUUCGACGUCGGCGACCGCCAACACCACGCCACUCGGCCCGGUAAUCAGACCACCCAGCUGAGUCCAGGCCACAAUCGGCCCAACGCCAUCAAUGAAUCGACCACAGCGACACCACUUAAUCAGGUCCAGGCCAUUGCAGGUAUUCCUGGAUUACCCAUACCCGUAUCCGUACCGACGGCGCAAUUCCCGCAAAUUCAUAAUCUCGGAGGACUCCAGCACCUGAAUCAGCAGCACCAGCAAAACCACCCUCAGCUCCAUCCUUCAGCCCUGGGCCUGGGUCUCGAGUCGGGUACUCUGGGGUUGACACAUGCAGAGGGCAACCAGGGUCUUCAGCACCAAUUCGGUCCAGCGGCAGCGCCUGCGCCUAAUAUUGCUGCUGAUCAGCAGGGGACGUCGUCGCAUCUCCAUUUGCAGGGCCAUCAACGAACACCCGCCCACGCCGCCGCCGCAUGGCUUCCGCCCGGAUAUGGAGUCCCGGUGUACCACAACAACCCGCAGCAGCAUGUUGAUGCAACAUCCUCCUCCACAACAGCAGCAGGUGUCAACCCACCUGUCACUCUUUCUCCAGCGGCCGGCCUGAGUACUGAUGGCAGAAGCCAGAAUGUUGGUGUUGGCGGUGGUCACUUAUUUGAUUUCGGAUUCGCACCACCACCACUACCGCCAACGAGUGAGCAGUCGUUCCUGGGCAGCGGAGUCUAUGCCGACAUCACGCCACUUUCCACCACGGUAGCUGUAACAGCUCACCCGCAACCACCCACGACCACUUUUGAUUUCCAUGCUUCGCCAUGGCGGCCUCGGCUUCAAGACAGCAGCUCCGUCACACUGACACCAAAUAUUGCAGCAGUCGCUGCGGCCGAAUUGAACCACGACGUCCGCAAGCACAGCAAAAGCAGCAUGGAGACUGAUAGCGACGUCAAGGACCCUUCGUGGGAUGACGAUGAUAACGAGCCUCAAGAUAGAAGGGCCGGAGCUGUGGCAAUGAAGGCGUCGUCGUCGUCAUCGUCGCCCGGGACCCGGAAGCCGCAGCGAAAGGGCAAGCGCCGUGCCGUAGCCGAUCCCGGAGCCGGUGGCAACGAGCACGAUGACGAACCCACCAGCCCCGCGGGCCGAACCAGCGUCAGCGGCCGAUCCGUCAAGUCGGUAUCGGUCGCCUCAUCCGCCGGGUCGAGCACCAAGACGGCACCGGCACCCCGACUGCGCAGUGCCUCCCGCACGUCCAAAAACGCGCUGCAAAAGCCGACCGAGUCCCUCGAAGAACGACGAACACGCGCAUCACAUAACCUGGUCGAAAAGCAGUACCGUAAUCGGCUCAAUGCUCAAUUCGAGGGUCUCCUCAAUGCCCUACCGGAGCAGGUCCGCGGCCCGGCCGGCGCCGGAGACGGCGACGAAUCGGACCCGCAGGCGGCAGCGACGGCGAAUGAGGAAAGGCGGGUCAGCAAGGCCGAGGUGCUGGACAUGGCCCGCCGCCACAUCCAGAACCUGGAGCGGGAGCGGGAGACGCUACACCGCGAGAGGGGGGAGCUGCUGCGCAAUCUGGAGACGCUCGAGCGGGAAGUGGCCGUAAAUGGCGGCGGGGGCGGCCGGUUGGACGAGUUCCUCGACGUCGAAGGGGUUCCGGACGAGAGAGGCGAGUCGUCUUCGUCGUGGAGGAAUGCUUGAAGUGUAUUGUCGUUGACACCUGCGCGAACCCCCCCCCCUGCCUGCCUGCUGCGAGACUAUUCUUUGAUGGCGGUGGUGGUGGGUGUGAAGCCAAUGCAGUGCACUUCUGGAAAGGGGGGAGCGCGUGAGCUCAAAAUCUCGGAGGCAAGGGUGCCGGGGGUGGUGGGGGGAAGGGUUCUUUC